GCAGAGUGGAAGAACUGUUUAUUUCAGUCGAUCAUAAUGAGUCUAAGAGGUUGCUAUGAUUGUGUGAGUUCAUGUUGUUUUGAAUACUCCACAUCAAAAAUAUUGGUGAUAAGGAACAAGAAAGCAGGAGUGCUGAAUCGGUUUACUCAGGCUUUAGUCAUCGCCUAUGUCAUUGGGUAUGUGUGUGUUUUCAAGAAAGGCUACCAAGACACGGACACUGUCCUCAGCUCUGUCACUACCAAAUUGAAAGGUAUUGCUUUAACAAACACCACUGAAUUGGGCGAAUGGAUCUGGGAUGUGGCUGACUACGUUAUCCCACCUCAGGAGUAUGGAUCAUUCUUUGUGCUGACCAACAUGAUCAUCACCCCAAACCAAACACAGUCCAAAUGUGCAGAGAAUCCAACAUCAGAAUCCAAGUGCACUGCUAACAAGCAUUGCCAGAGAGGCUUCAGUGAUACUCGUGGAAAUGGUAUUCGUACAGGCAGAUGUGUCAAUUACAAUAAAACAGUUAAGACUUGUGAGGUGUUGUCCUGGUGUCCUUUAGAGAAGAUUGUUGAUCCCCCAAAUCCACCACUUCUGGCAGCAGCUGAAAACUUCACUGUGUUCAUAAAGAAUAAUAUUUGUUAUCCCAAAUUUAAUUUUAACAAAAGGAACAUCCUACCAGAUAUAAACAGCUCUUACUUGGCACUGUGUGUGUUCAGCCGUAAGACAGACCCUGACUGCCCAAUCUUCAGACUGAAAGACAUUGUUAGAGAGGCUGAUGAGGAUUUUCAGACCAUGGCAGUCCAUGGUGGAGUGAUGGGGGUUCAUAUCCAGUGGGACUGUAAUCUUGACAUGCCACACAGCUGGUGUGUGCCUCAAUACACUUUCCGCAGACUACACAACAAAAACCCACAAAAUAACAUCUCUCAAGGAUACAACUUCAGAUUUGCUAAAUAUUACAAGAACAGUGAUGGUACAGAGAUCAGGACACUUAUCAAGGGAUAUGGUAUUCGUUUUGAUGUCAUGGUAUUUGGUCAGGCAGGAAAAUUCAACAUUGUACCAACACUUUUGAAUAUAGGGGCAGGCUUGGCACUUCUAGGUCUGGUGAAUGUUAUCUGUAAUUUGAUUGUCCUCUGGACAUGUAUGGAAGGACGCCAACUUUACAGAGAGCAGAAAUAUACAUAUGCCGACCUCUGACUUGACAUAUUGCUGCUUUAUCCAGUGAAGAAACAUAGAGGAUCUUCAGGCUACUGACUCUACUCUAAAUCUGAGCAUGCAUCUCAUCAUGAAGUGAAUGUAAAAAUCAAAGUAAUGAAUAAAAGUUAAUCAGUGAAUAAAAAGUACAUUUAAAAUUAUCAGUGCACUUUACUAGUUUGGGGGUGGUGUGAGUAGGCACCCCAGCUGUGGACAAAACUCAUUUGAUCACUGUUCAUGAUAAAACUCAGUUACAGUGAUAGUAAUUUCUUAAAUUAUGUCAAAAGUGCAAAAUAAAUUGAUAAUUUAUGAUGUUUUGAAUGGAGUAACAACACACAUUUAUAUUUAUUUAUGUGUGCUGUGGUUUGUGUUCACAAAGCUGUAUUUAGUCCAAAAGUAGUAAAGCAUGUUUGGAGAAUUACUGACAUACUUAAACACUGUUACUUCAUAUUGUUUUAGACAGAAUCAUCAUGUGUAAUGAUUUUUAACAGAUUUAUGUGAUCUAAUGAGUAUUAGCAGCUUCCAGUGAUUGCGUCAAGCCUCUAAGAAGAUCAUUCACUCAUUAAUCAUUAUUAAUUAAUUAAUCAUAUUGUGUGUUCAUAACCCACACUGUCUCCUACGAUGAUGAACUUCACUUUACUUUCACUUUCUCUCUCCAUUUAUACUAAUGCACAAAAAAAGUUUCUAAACAUAAAAACUUGAAGCUAAUAAUAAA